AUGAAUGUAGAUGAUGACGAAUUUAUGGACGAUGAUUUUGAUGAUAUACUCGAUGAUGAGUUAGAAGGAUUAUUUGAAAUUGAACAACCUGUUCAGAUCGUGGAACAAGAAGGACUCGGCCUUGAGGCAGAUGAUAUGACAUUAACUUCCCCUGAAAUCGUUCAUUUUUCAAAUACCGAUCAACCGAGUGAGGAUGGUGGUGCAGAAAAACCAUUGAAUAAAAUUGUGCGAGAAGCGAUUCUUCUUGUCACUGCGGCCACUUUGCAAGCGGGCGCCGUCGCCACUCUCGCUGACACUUUUUUGUGCUUUGACGAAAUCACACACGCGUCAACAAAAAGAAAGCUGAAAAGCAUUGGCAAACGAAUAAAAGCCCAUGACAGUAUCUGGCUUUUUAUGAAUGCCCUAUUCGAAAUACCCAGUAUUCUACUCAAACAUGGAGGAGGAGAGAUUUUCGGAAAAGAUCUUCUGGCUGAGGCCUAUUAUUUGGGUUCUAGCGCAUUUUCAAAGGGAGAAAAAGCGAGAGAAAAGUGUAACAAUUUGUCAGCUGAAACAUUUACAAGGCUUGAAAGGAUGCUGGAACAAGGACAAGUAGUAGUAGAAGAUCGGGAUCGGAGAUGUGUUUUUGCCGCUACGUAUGCUGACUCGUUUCUAAAAUUCUAUGAGGACAUAAAGAAUCUUUCGAUCAAAACGCUAGAUUCUAUCAAAAUGGCACUUUCUACCAGUCUAAUGGAAACUAAUGGAAAAGAAGAAGAAAUAGCCGCCUUGAAACAAAAUGUGGAAGAUCUACAGCAGAAAGUCAAAAACGUGAAAAGAGUUGAGGAUAUUAUGAAAGAAAUCACUAAACUGAAACCGCAAGACAAAACGACAGCCAAUGGAGCAACAAUAACUGAAUCAAUCGCCAAUAGAGAAGCUGCAGGCAAACGAUUAACAAAAAUCGCGAAAAUGGUGAAAAAAUUGGAUGCGGAUUCAGAAGUACGACGAUGGCUUGAUGAUGUGGUGUGUAUGGAUAGAGCCGGUCAUAAUUGCACUUCUAAUCAUCGGGGACCUCAAGGUUCGCAUCUUCUCGAUUUGGCGCUCGAAGAUUUGAGCAGGUUCAAAAACAAUUCAAAAGCUCUAUUCCAAUACGUGAAAACACGUUCCAACAGAGUGAAUGGAUCAUAUGUUGCUAAUAGACAAAGUACUCACCUGAGCUCGCUGGAAAUAGCUGUCCAGCGUGCGAUAGCCCAAAGAGAAGCAAGCAAUUUUAAUGUGAGACCAGCUGCACCUCCUCCAGUAUCUGAAAUUGGUGUAGCUACCAGUGAAAAUGUUCCAGAACCUUCUGAAGAAAUUGUCGCUACUCAAGAAGAAACUCCUGCAACGUCGUCUGCCGUCAAACCAGACUGCCCUGACAAACAGAUGCUGAUGGAAUCUUCAUCUCCCAAAAAGAAAGUGUUUGCCUCAAGGAAAGUAAAGAAGUUCGAGCAAGCAACCAAGACACCUGUUUCUGAACUAACCAAGAUUGAAGAAGAUGUUACGGAAUCAACGGACCCAUCGACUUCAGAGCAAUCACAACACGUUUCCCAGGGAUCAUCAUCCAAAAUCGAUAAAGAUUCCGAAGACGCUGUCGAGCCCGUAGUUAAAAUAGACAAUCAGAUUACAGAACUACAGUAUCAAACUUAG